GAAGCACAAAUGCUUUGCUUUUCACUCUAGUAACUUUGAAAAUUACAAAGUAAAACAUAAGGAACAUUCACUUUCAACAACAACACAGUGCAAAAUUGAUAUGCCAGAAUUUUUGCUUAGUCAACGUAUUGCAGUUAUCACAAUUUAUUCAGUGCAUGAUUUAUUAAUUUCUGAUUGUGUAUUUUCUAUCUACUCAAAUGAUUUACUCACUUUUCAUCCAUUUACCACUAAGAUUAUGUCCCCACUCAAAUAUAACUUAACUAGAUAAAAGGCGUUAAUUAGCUUAAAAUUUAAAUUUCAGUUUUCUUUA